ACUAUUCUCAAACGAAAUAAACGAAGGGGGAAAAAGCUAUACGAUACCGAGAAGGUACAUAUAGUCCUAGAUUUUAGUAAGGCGACUAUUGUUACAUCAGCCACAACCCAUUCUACACUUUUAAAGUGGUUACUAUCUGAGUUUGGGGGGCUUUGAUUGGUCCAUGAGAGAUUAGAGCUGAAUUUUAGCUCUCGGACUCUCUUAGGUACUUAGGUACUUAGGUCUUCUAUCGCUUUCGGAUUCGCUUAACUGGGUCGAUCUCUUCUCAGCCACUUGCACUUCAAUCACCAUUCGCUGACUUAGUCAAUCUGAAAUCGAAAAAUACUACCUUAUUGACGAUGCUAGAUCCCCAUAGAGCCCUUGGGGCCUCUCAUUUUCACUUAAGCACGCGGGAAUUACGAAACCUACCCACAAUGCAUCAUUUCUGGAUCGUGUCUUUCAGGGGGGCUAUGCCGGCAUCAACUAGUAGAGUUGAAGAUUCUGCGGCUGGAGGACAAGAUAUAUAUGACAGCGCAGUCACUUCACUCUGCUGCUCUCACAUAGAACGAUAAAGAUCAUCAAUCAAGUCAACUUCAACAUUCUUUUCCCGUGGAAGUACUCCUAUUGCCCGCCAUGUUGAUAUACUACUUGGCACAAGCCUUCGGCUCGAAAAGGAGCAAAAAGCAAAACGCCAAACCGAGAGCACCAUGUGUACACGAAAUAAAUGAACUUCAGCAAGGGACAGACGCCCAAACUAUCGGCACUACUCCUCGAGAGGGAAUUUGUCCCCAAUGUAAGGCUGAGAAACGAGCAGCCACAAAGUAUCGAUGGAAACUCGCCGCCUGUUUAAUCCUUCCCUAUUCCCUUCAAGCCCUAGAUGUCACGAUUAUCUCGACUGCUCUUCCAUGGAUUGCUGCCGAUUUCGGUGAAAUCGCCCAAUUGAACUGGAUUAUCUCAGCCUUCAACCUAACGUCAGCAGCAUUCAUCCCCUUCUGGGGUCAAAUGGCCGACAUAUUCGGACGACACUGGUCGCUACAAAUCUGCUCUCUUAUCAUGUUGGUCGGCAGUGCCUUAUGUACCAGUGUCCCAACCACUGCUUUCGGCGCAUUCCUCCUCGGUCGGGCUCUUCAAGGCGUUGGCUGUGCGGGCAUCAACACGACAAUCCGUGUCAUAUUAGCGGACAGGGUUACAUUGAAGGAGAAUGCGAAGAACUGGUCCGUGUUCGCAUUAACGGGAGGUGUAUGCUACGGCGUCGGCCCCGUCAUCGGAGGCUACCUUACAGCCGCCAACUGGAGAUGGUGUUUUGGCAUCAACUUACCCAUCGCAUUCGCCGGUAUCUUAAUCGUCUUCUUUUUUCUUCGGAACGAUCUCUUAGGACCUCAGCCUAUCCCAGAGUUGGACGAACAUCAAACCGGCCAACGUGAAAAGUUCGCCAAGCGGAUUUCUACUGUUGAUAUCGGUGGACAACUUCUAUUCCUAUUCGGGUUCGGGCUUGUUAUCCUUGCUCUUACUUGGGCUGGUGCGACUUACGACUGGAAUAACCCUGCGGUACUCGUCCCCCUCAUUGUCGGAGCUUUGCUGGCCUGUUUUUGGUGGUACUAUGAGUAUUCAAUGGGUUCGGGUGGAUUCUUAACUCGGAGGCUAUCCUUCCAACGGGCAAUGUUGCCCUGGAAGGUAAUUAAAGACCGCAACGUCACUCUCCUGGCUUAUAUCAACUUUGCUACAGGAAUGGCUAUGUACAGCGUCCUUUACUUUGUCAGCAUUUAUUUUACGAUAGUCAAGGGUGUUACAUCAGACCAGGCCGGUGUCCAAUUGCUGUAUUGGACUCCUGGACUCGGAGUGGGUGUACAGCUCUCAAUGUUCCUGUGCAACAAUUGGCCUCGUAAAACAUUUUGGCCUCUCUUUUUUGGAUCCCUAAUUGAGGCUGUUGGUAUCGGUAUGAUGGCAUGGGCCUUGUACUCUGGACACUCGCCUACCAUUUAUGGCAUGUUAGCCCUUACUGGUGUUGGUACGGGAAUGCGAUUUAUGCCGGGCAAUCUUCAUGCGGUCGGAUUUUUCCCCGAGAGCAUUGCUACCGUGAUUUGCGUAAUGGCCGUCGCUACGACGUUCGGAGGAACCCUGGCUCUCACUAUUAUGUCUACUGUUUUCAAUAACACAUCGGGUAUAACGCGCGACUCUCCUUUCCAUGACAAUUACGAUCUUAUAAAAACCCUUCCGGAUCAAGCCAAGGCCCAAGUUAUCGACGGUGCUAAGGAUGGAAUCACUUGGGCAUUUGUCGCAUUAACGCCGUUUAUGGUUCUCUGUGUUAUCGCAGCAGCCUGCUUAGGCAACGUAAACAUCACCAAGGAGACCGCCGACGAAACCUCCCGUGACCACCUGACGCACGGAAGCUACCUUCUCUCCCUAUUUUACAGAAAUAAGAACUCCGAAAAGAACCCAGACGUCGAGAUGGAAGAGAGAAUUUUAAAGAAUCCGCAAGACAAACAAGCCGCAUAGACACAGGCGACCAGCUCACAUUCAUCCGCUAAACUCUAAACUUCUUGGAAAAUAUUUCUUACCCUUCCCACUUGACAAUAUCCUUUAGAUCAAACACCUUAUGAGCUGUAUAUAGAGAGGGGUUGGGUUCAUACCUGCUCAGGUAUAUAGAGUCGAAUUGCAUGUACAUAUUAUGAUAUGUCAUUUAAUUUACGUUUUAAAUAGAAAUAAAUUUAUACCAGAUAUA